GCCCGCCCCCCACAUACGGGUCAGCCAUGCCCCCCCGCGGCCGUUUCCAUGGAUACAGAAAACCAGCGUUAAGCCAAUGAGCUGCAUGCGGCGGGGCUCAGUCCACCAGCCAUUUUGCACGGAGUGGCACAGGAGGGCGAUCCUGCCAACCUGACUGCGGGCGGGCGAAGCCAAGCGGACCACAGCGCGACAACGUAACACGCCUGUCUGUUUACUCUGCUGAGCCGUCGGUGCGGCGGCAUGUAGGAUGCUGGGGGAUGUGAGCCCGCCGGCGCGGCGCUGCGCUUUCCUUCGGCCGGAGCCUGUUUUGCUGCAAUGCUAUAUCGACCGCUGUCCAACUCUCCUGAAGAGCGACUGACCCGAAAGGAGGGUGCUGCCUUGCGCUGACAUCGCUCAUGGGCGACCCCACUUUAUUUGGACCGUUUCCACAAACGCGGGAGCAGGUGUAUGCUUUCAGCGGCGCUGCGCACUGCCUUUAACGACCCCACAUCUGCGUGGACCUUUAAUCCCGGCGUCUCGGCUCCAGCUUCGGACCGACAGCAAGCGCGUUUUCUCCCACCCUGGAUGUCUCCGUGUUCGGUUAUAGGGUAAAGAGUGAGAGACUGUGCUACAGAGAGAGCUUCAGCAUGAACACAGAUAGUGGAGGACGAGCGCGAAAGAGCACCGCCGUGUGCCUCACGCUCACGCCCGUGAAGAGGGUCCAGAGCUCCCCGAACCUGCACGCAGGUAGUGAAUCUCAGUCGUCAGAAUCAGAUGCCUGGAGGUCGCGUAGCGUCACCGACGGACUCGGGAAUGGGGACGCCGGCACACCGGGGUCCUCGCUGGCAGCCAAGGGGUUCCGGAGUGUGCGGCCCAACCUGCAAGAGAAGAAGUCACCGCCCACCCUGCCCAAGGCCCCGCCUGCCCUGUGCUCCCCCACCCCCUCUCAACCCCUGGCCCCCUCCCCGUUUGAGCGUGCCACCUCGCCGCUCACGGCGUCAGCCCUCAGUCACUACUCGUCCUCGUCUGGGGGCGGGCUGGAGGAGCUGCAGGUCGACUCCCCCCCCGGCACAGCCACACCCUCCCCAACACUGUGUCAGAUGUCCGCUGUCGCCGAAGGCGUCGCCCUAACUUCCACCGCUGCCUUCGCCACCAAUGGCGGCAUGACGACAGUGAACGGGAGCACCUGCCAUGCCCAGGGGUCCUUCUCCUCACCCCCAGCGUACCCCCCACCGCCGGUGUCACUCAGCCCCUCCUCCGGACCCCUUCCAACAGGCCGGAGCACAGAAUCCCCCUUCCCCAGGGAGUCCCACACCUCUCGCAUCACCGUGCCCAUUGCCCGCUUUGAGGAGGAGGAACGGAGGGUGUCGGUCAUUAAGGCUCCUCACUACGAGGGCAUCGGACCUGUGGACGAGUCCGGCAUCCCCAUCGCCAUCAGAACGACCGUGGACCGGCCCAAGGAUUGGUACAAGACCAUGUUCAAACAGAUCCACAUGGUCCACAAAGCAGAUGACGAUUACGUAGAUGCAUACAGUGCCGCCUACGGUGCGAUGAGCACAGAUGGUCCCCCCAGCCUCCUUCAAGCCCACCCACCUCCCCGGACACACACCUACCGGCCGCUGUCUAGGAACACCACUGAUGGCCCUGGGGUCCUUGGCGACCCCCCAGCCUCCGGCCUGUCGCCGUCGCCGCUCCCCCCCCCACCCCCGCCCAUGCCAUCCCUGGUCCAGCUGAGGCCCCGAGAGAGGGAACGGGACCCGCCCGACACGAAUGAAUGGGGACCCCCGGACCGAAAGGUGGACACCCGAAAGUACCGGGCGGAGCCCAGGAGCAUCUUUGAGUACGAGCCUGGGAGGUCCUCCAUCCUGGAGCAGGAGCGACCGACUAGUGCCUUAAACCCCGAUGACAUAGAUUUAGAGAACGAACCCUGGUAUAGGUUCUUUUCCGAGCUGGAGUUCGGGCGGCCGCCUCCCAAAAAGCGGCUGGAUUAUAAUCCAGACAGCGCCCCCGCUGGGCUCUUCGAGACAUCUUUGCAGCUCACUCCAGCGGACAGGGAGACAGACAGGCCAUUGAGCUCAGCCAGCGAUUACAGAAAACGGCGAAAGUCUGAGCCAGCGUUCAGCCAGCCCGGACAGCGGGGGGAUAAUAAUGCACCCCAGCCAUCUCCCAGCCCCGGGGAACCCCCCAAGGCUAGCAGUGGCACCCUGAGGAGACCGCUGGCUCGCUCAUCGCCCUCAUCACCGUGCAGGGUCAAAGGUGGGAUUAUUAGCCCGGUUUACUCACUGCAGUUAGCUAGUUCAGGUAUCGGGCGUGGCAGUUCACGUGACUCUGCCCGCCUUGGCCCCCCUGCCACCCCGGUCCCAGCUUUCGCCUCCACCACCCCCCCGGAUUCCAAGCGUUCUGUGUGGCAGACACACCGGCAGAAUGCAGAGACGUGGAGCAGCGGCGAGGAUGUGGCGAUGCCUCGUCUUAAGUCACGGAGCUGUGACGACCUGUUGAUGGACGGGGGCGGGACGGGGGCCAGGGCUGGGAACGGGCGCACACACUCAGAGAGCCCCCCCCCUGACUCACCCGAGCCUCGGGCACGACUGCGGGCAGCCCACGAUGCACCGGGCUUCCUGCAACUCUACCGCAAGAUGCACAGGAUCGACCGGCGUGAGCUGCUGGCGUCUGAGGUGAUCCGCUCGGUGCGGGCGCGUAUCCUGGAGCUGGAGGCGGAGCGGCGUGCCGAGCGGGCGUCUGAGUGGCGGGCACAGGGCGCUGAGGUGCCACGUGACAUGGUGCCCACGCGCAUUUCUGAGUAUGAGCAGCUCAUCCAAAAGUCCCGCUCCAUGCCCAACCUGGAUGAGGCGCCAGGCUCCGAGGGCACCACCCCCCGCCGCCGCUUUUCCAUCGAGUCACUCCUGGAGGAGGACCAGCCCGCCCGGGACCCCCCUGAGGGCCGGCCACAGCGGCCCGAGAACGGUGGCCCCCCCGGGGCAGGCCACGCAGCCCCAGAUGGUCCCACCCACGCACGUUUCGACGGCUCGGACAGUGAGCACGACGCCCCGCCCUCUGAGCUGAGCGACUUCAUCCAGGUGGAGGGCUCAUCCUUCUGCAGCGAGAGCGAAUUUGACCGCUGCUCCCUCACCUCAUCCGAGAGCCUUUACGGCUCAGGCAGCCAUCGGCACCACCUGCACCUGCACCACCUUCCCCAACCACCGCUUCACUCGCGCCACACCCACAGCUCUUGCAAGGGCCGCUGCCCCGCCUCCUACACGCGCUUCACCACCAUGCUGCGCCACGAGCGUGCCCGGCGGGAGCGCCGCCCCCCUCUGCGGCGCGAGGAGGCUCAGCCUGGCCUCUCCAAGCUGGCCUUCUUGGUCAGCCCAGUGCCUUUCCGCCGGAGCAAGGGCUCGCCCCCAGAGAGGUCGUCCCGCAAGCAGAAGCGCAGCGGGAGCUCUGUGUACGACGCGCUGGACCGUGCCCUGCGGGACGUCUGUGAGCACCUGCGGGCCCGUGGCAGGGGCGGGGCCUGGGCCGAAGGCCCUGAGGAGCGUGUGCUCCGCCGCCUGCUGUCGGAGCUGCUGCCUGACGUGCCCGAGAGGGACUCCUCGCUUCGGAGCCAUCGGCAGCAUCCGGCAUACUCCCCGCAGCCAGACGGCUCCCCCUGCUGGCCCGAGCGUGACAUGGCACCUCACAGUGCCUCUUUCCAGGGGAACAGCUAUGCAGACUACAACGAAGAUCAGGAUGGAUCCAGGACUUACCCCUACCCUGAAGGGGGGCAGUACGGGAACCACAAGAGAGGGCUGACCCCCGAUAAAGAGAAACAGCCUGCUCGAGCCAUUUACGAUUUCAAGGCGCAGACUGCAAAGGAGCUAACAUUCAAGAAAGGGGACGCCAUCAGCAUUAUCCGGCAGAUCGACAGCAACUGGUACGAAGGGGAGCACCGAGGCCGCUUGGGGAUCUUCCCCAUCUCCUACGUGGAGAAACUCCCCCCCACAGAGAAGCAGCAGCAGCCAGCCAGGCCGCCACCCCCAGCACAGGUCCGAGAGAUCGGAGAAGCAGUGGCUCGCUAUAACUUCAACGCGGACACCAACGUGGAGCUGUCUCUGAGAAAGGGCGAGAGGGUGGUCCUGCUCAGGCAGGUGGAUCCAAACUGGUAUGAGGGGAAGAUUUUGGACACCCAGCGCCAGGGUAUCUUCCCCGUGUCCUAUGUGGAUGUCAUCAAACAGUCUCCCAGCACCCCCAGCAGGAGCCCGGGCUCACAGGGCUACGGCAGCGACCGGCCGGCCGGCCCCCCCUCCUCCAAGCCGCCUUUGAAAUGUGACAUUGUCGCGGACGGUAAACCCCCCCUUAGCCCCCUGAUGUCCAGGAGGUCAUGCAGGUCAUCUGCAGGUCACGCCUCAGGGGCCUCUUCCAGGCCCCUCCGGCCCGCCUUUGUGCGAGACACCCAGCCCUGUGGAGGAGAGCUGUUCCAGGCCCUGUAUAACUACCUGCCCCGUAAUGAAGAUGAGCUAGAACUGAAAGAGGGGGACCUGGUGGAUGUCAUGGAGAGGUGUGACGAUGGCUGGUUUGUGGGUACCUCCAGGAGAACCAAGAUUUUCGGGACGUUCCCUGGGAACUAUGUGAAGCGACUGUAGGCUCCUGGAAGUGAGGGCGUCAUGGACGCGUGUGCGUCUGACACGGAGGAUAGCCGUUAGCGCCGGCUGGCCCCCCUUUCCGAGGGCCCGGCCCGGCGACAGCUGCACCUGCUUCACGUUCCGGUCGCCGCCUCUGCUCGGGGCCCAGCGGACAGGAGAGUCAAAGGUCGUCACCCGCGGUGACCGGAAGCCACUGCCCCAUAGUGUAGUGAGGUUAUGACUUCAUGUAGUAUGUUGUUUUGAGACUAUUUCAUCUUAUUAAUAAUAAGCUUUUUUGUUUUUUGUUGAUAUGCAAUAGCUAUAAAGAGCGAGGGAGUCAAACGGCAUUCCCUCUACCGAAAUGUACACUCACAGCCUGCUCGGAGUCACUGAUAGAUUGUAAACCUCCUUUGCUGUAUAACAAAGUGCCCUUUUUGGCUGUCCUUC